CGACAGCGUCGUGAACUAAAUCUGAUUGUGUGGGUGAAGUACGUGUGAGUUUCGACGCCAUAUUAGUUUAUAAAAAAAGGCUUGCGACACGUUUUUGGCGGUAAGAGAAUUUUGUAGCGAAUAGAAAUAGAAAUUUGCACGAUGGUAGAUGAGAAUAAACUGGCGGAGGAAUUAACGGAUCACGAAGCCGAGUUGUAUGAUAGGCAAUUGCGUCUCUGGGGAUUAGAUUCACAGAAACGAUUGCGAGCUGCGAAAAUUCUUUUGAUAGGACUGGAUGGUUUUGGAGCAGAGAUCGCUAAAAACAUUAUUCUAGCUGGAGUCAAUUCUGUUACAUUUUUAGAUCAUAGAAAUGUGACGGAAUUGGAUAGAUGUUCACAAUUCUUUGUACCAAAGGAAGAUGUUGGGAAGAAUAGAGCUGAAGCUUCGUUACCAAGAGCACAAAAUUUAAAUUCUAUGGUCAAUGUUAUUGCGGACUCAGGGAAAGUUGAUGAUAAACCUGAUGAAUAUUUUGGACAGUUUAAUGUGGUAUGUGCUAUGCAUUGUACCAUUACGCAGCUAAAGAGAAUCAAUCGAGCUUGUAGAAAUCAAAAAGUCAAAUUUUUUGCUGGCGAUGUAUGGGGAGCACUUGGAUAUGUGUUUGUAGAUUUACAAGAACACGAAUAUGGAGAAGAUGUACCAAAACAAAAGAAAGUUAAGAUACCAGAAGGUGGUGAACCUGUGGGAAAAGAAAAAAUUGAAACUAUAAUAGUUAACGAAAAGCGUACUGAUACAUUUGUACCCUUUGAAUUUAUCUUAAAUGCUCCAAAAUCAUCUUUAGUUAGAGAGGAAGAGAUUUAUUAUAUGAUGUUAAUACUAUUAAAUUAUCGCGAAAAAUAUGGUGAAGAUCCAUUGCCUAGUGAAAGAGGUUGUGAAAAUCUAAAAAAUGAAGCUUCUGCAAUUAUUAAAAAAUAUGAACUGGAAAACAAAAUAGAUCAUUUAGUAGAGGGUGACUUGUACGCGCAACUCAGUCCAGUUUGUUCUAUCGUCGGCGGUAUCAUGGCUCAGGAAAUAAUCAAAGCAGCAUCGCAGAAACACGCUCCACUCAACAACUUGUUUACAUUUAAUCCUGAUACAUCAUGCGGAGUUAUUUUGAAAUUGGGCUAUUAAUCAAAGGUGUGACCACAUUUCUUACUGUGA